CUCUCUCCCGAAUCAGCCUCCACCCUCCUCUGCAUCAAUCUCCAGCUUCCUCUCCCCCCUGCACGAACCAGCACCCCCUACUCAGUGCCCCUAGCUCCAGCGCCCCUAGCUCCUGCACCCCUAGCUCCUAUGCCCAGCCUUGUUUCCCGAACCAAAGCCCCUAGCCCCUAGCCCCUGCGCCCGGCCUUGCUUCCUGCACCAGCCUUGCUCUGCAUCAGCUCCCUUGCUCUGCACCAGAUCGCCUGCACUCUGCACCAGCCAUCACCGGCAAUCAUGCCCCUGCUGCUGCACGCCUACACCCCCCUCUGCUGCACGCCCGUGCCUUGCACUCUGCUACGCCUGCACUUGAUCCUGCACUCCUGCUUCUGCCAAAAAGCGGGAUCCUUUGCUUGUUGCGCACCCCCUGCAUGCUGCUGCCAAUCCUGCACGCCUCUGCAACCCGAUCCUAUACCUGCUCUGUCACUCCAGAAGCCCUGAAAAAAGACAAAAAAAAGGAGGGCUCGGUCCUUUGCUUUUCAAUCGGCAGAAAUCAACAAGUGGGUAUAAAUAGAGAGUUUUAGGUUAGGAAAAGGGGCUCUCUGGGGUUGUUCUUUUUGGUCUGAGUUUGGGAUUGCCGGAGGUGAUAGCAAAAGAAAGGAGAUCACCGGAGGAGAUUGUGCAUUUCCUUGGUUUUUGUUGUCUUAGGUAAACUUUCUGAUCAGAGGAAGUUUUGGGGAGGGUGGUGAGGGAAAGGUUGGAGCUUGAUCCCGUGGGUGGGAUCCCUCCCUCCGAUGCUGAUCUGUUUUCUCCCAAGACUUUCGCCAUGGUUGUUUUAAUUUCUUUGUGUUGAUGUACUGCAUUUGUAUUUGAGGUUGAUAUCGCGAAUGAAAUCAAGCAUUUUCUUUUUUUUAAUUUCAUGGAUCUGAAAUCAAUUGGAUGUAAUUAGGUAUUGAUUUGAAUGGACAAAAUUGACCCCUUGAUUUUUCUCCCACCGUUGCUGUUUCUUUUUCCACAAGAGGAAAGGAUGAGGGCUUUGUCUUCAUUCCUGGCUUUCAAAAUCACUAGGUUGAGAAGAUCAAAUGUAACUUUCAUAAUUUAUUUGAAUUUUUUAUGAUAGAUAUUGAUUUGAAUUGAUAAAAUUGACCCCUUGCU